AUGCCUCCCGUGUUCAACAUCGUUCGGGUGGUCGUGUACGUGGCGGUCCUCCUUUGGACUGUCGUUUGUCUUGCCAUUGCGGCGCAUUUUCAGAGCAUCUUGUUGGCCUCGGACCUCACUCGUUUUGUCCCCUUCGCGAUUUUUGUCUGCGCGACCACCAUGCUCAUAAUCGUUGCACUGCUAGCAUUUGGUUUGAUGAAGGAGAGGAACCCCAUCUCCACCCGGAUUGAACUCGGAUGUCUUGGCCUCACCGGUGUCCUUUGGCUUGCGCUCUCCGCGUUCGUCGCAUCCUCCGACUCGGAGAUGGCGGACGUCGAGUGCUUCUCGUCCUCGGAUGCUAAUGCACAGCCUAUCGACAUCCCUGGCUUCAACACGGAGAUGUACCAGGCUCAGUACCACGUCCUGGAGGCCUUCUCCUUCUUCAACAUGAUACUCAGGUCCCCCAAAGUUCUCGGUUUCUUUGUGCUAUUAUUGGUUCUCGCCCUGCGUCAACAGCGCAUGGGCACGAAGCACGUCUGGAUCAUGCCAGUCGCAGCCAUUGCGUGGUUCGGCCGGACGGACAAGCCCUCUGGCAAGCUCCCCGCGCCGGUCACGCACCGCUCGCGUUCCGUCUCCCGCCGCCCGCGCGCGGAAGAGAGCGAGAAGGAGAAGCCGUCCCGCACCCGAUCCCGGUCCCGGUCGCGCCCCGCGGACGUGCGCCGCAAUGAGUCGCAGCGCGGCCUCAUUCGCGACGCGUCCUACCGCACGACGGACUCCCGCACCCUCGGCCGCGAAGAUUCGUACUCCCGCCCGCUCGCCCGAGAAGACUCGUACUCCCGUACACUCGGUCGCGACGACUCGCGGAAAACGAACGACUCGCGCCGCGCGCUCCUCCGCGACGACUCUCGCCGCACGACCGACUCCCGUCGACGGGACGUUAGCCGGGAUGACUCGCGGCGGACUGCCGACUCGUCGAGGCGGCGCGGCCGCGACCGCGACCUCUCCCGUGACGCGUCGCGGCGGACGAACGACUCGUCUAGCCGGGCGCCGAGCCGGGAGAACUCGCGGCGGGCGCCGAUCUACGAGUCGCACCGGACGAAGACGUCAACAGACCUCCGCCGACAGAACACAACGCCGUCGCGGAACGAGGAGGGGACGUACGUCUUCGAGACGCCGUUCCACAGGUCGCCCCAGGAGGCGCACACGCGCGAGACGCGGACGCCGGCGACGGGCGUGCAGACACGCGCGCCCGCGCGCGACAUCGCACCCCGGCGGUGA